UCAAAACUAGCAAGAGAAACAAAAGCUCCACAGACGCGACUGACUACGUUCACUAACACCAUGGACAUCUCGAAUCCUCAGCAGGAGAUCAUGAUACCAUUACCAUUAUUCAUGAGAUGCCCGGCUGCACUGUAACACGCUAUCCAGACUCGACAGUCAUCAAGAAAGGCAGACGAGUUACUCCCCACGAGCGACCAGCGCUAGAACUCGCAGCACAGCUCAACCUCCCCGUCCCCCGUGUCCACGAAACGCAAGUGGAAGCCUCACCCGGCGAACAUCUAAUCAGAAUGGAUUUCAUCCCGGGGUCUCCUCUGGACGAGAUCUGGCCUACCGUGACUACUGAGGAGAAAGACAGCAUAUGCGUGCAACUCCGCAACAUGCUCACAGCAAUGCGCGCAGCGCCCUGGGAAACAGGUGUGAUAGGAUCGUGUUCCGGUGGAGCAGCGCGGGAUCUGCGGACAUACACCGACUACACCGACGGGCCUUAUAACGACGAAGCAGCGUUCAAUGAGUCGUUUUAUUUGGAUCUACUCAAGGGGACACCACGGUUAGUUCGGUCUGCGCUGUUGCAGCAGCUUCGCGACGACCACCGUAUAGUCUUUUCCCAUGGCGACAUCGUACAGCAUAAUAUCCUGGUCGAAAACGGGAAGGUCACGGGCUUGAUAGAUUGGGAAUACGCUGGGUGGUAUCCGGAGCACUGGGAUUACAUCAAGUUCUUCGAUCGGCCUUGCAAACACCGCGACUGGAGAGACCGGGCGGAUAUGAUAUUUCCUGAAACCUAUGGCAGAGAGCUUGCGUGGCAUCAGGGGAUACUGCGAUGGCAGCGCCCUUGA